AUGGCAGCCGCCAAUCCCCAAGGGGACGAGUUAUUCAUUCCCGACUCCCCACAUUAUAAAUUUUACUUCGUCUUCGUUCUCCCCGAUCAAAACUUCCCAUCGCUCGAGCUGCUAUUCCAGUGUCUUGGACUGCUUCGCACCCGCCUAUACGAGGUCUUCGACUCAAAGGAGUCCAUCAAGGCUGAAGACGGCGACAUGAUUCUUGAGGUGGACGCCUACGAGCCAACCCGCGAAUCCGCCGUUCGUGCUGCUACGUUCGCUAUCGAGCGUGGCAUUCGUAAUUGGGACUUUGAGAUUCAAGUUAUGGGCAGGAUUAUGUAUCCGAAGAAUCUCGAGUUUCGCAUGUGA